CUUCGUUUCUUCAAUUCAUAGAUAUAGAGAGAGAUGAAAGGGGUUUCGAGUGGACAAAUUCUUGUACUAAUUUUUCUCGUUUCACUCGUCUUAACCUCCGGCGUACGUCCGGCGACGGCGGCAAGGGCCGUAGCCGCCGGAACGACGACAAACACGGAGUUCAUUAGAACAAGUUGCAAGGCAACGACGUACCCAGAUUUAUGUUACUCCUCUCUGUCAAUCCAUGCAAGCGCCAUCGGAGCCGACCCGGAGCUUUUAGCCCACACGGCGCUCGACGUGGCGCUGGAGAGCGCGCAAUCGACGUCGGCCGAGAUGGUGAAGAUCGCCGGCCGGCGCAACCUGACGCCGAGGGAGAUAGGCGCCAUGCAAGACUGCGUGGAAGAAGUCGGCGAUUCCGUCGCCGAAAUCAAACGGUCUCUGGGAGAAAUGAAGCAGAUGAAAGGUCCGGAUUUCGGGAUGAAAAUCAGCGACAUACAGACGUGGGUGAGCGCCGCCUUGACGGACGAGAACACGUGCACCGACGGGUUCGCCGGAAAAGCCAUGAGCGGCGAGGUGAAGACGGUCGUCGGGGAAAAGAUUGUGAAGGUGGCGCAUAUGACUAGCAACGCCUUGGCUUUAGUCAACAGCUUCGCAGCUCUCCACAACUAAUUAUUAGGUUCAACAUCAUAUUUUUAAUUACUCCGUAUAUUGUAUGUAAUUAAGGAUAUAAUUAGGAAUGAUGCUUGUGCGUAUAUGGAUAAGUUUGUUUACCUAAUGCCCUGCCCGAAAUGGGAAGAUGUAGUGUUUUGCAUGUGUGCAAUAUGCUUUCUCGGUUUGAUUUUUACUAGGUGAACAUUUUUUAGCUAUGAAAGUUCAAAUUCUUUUGAAUUUU